AUGGCCGCUGGGUACCAGAUCUGGGGGCGAAGUGGGCCUGGCAGAGCCCGGGGCCCCUGCCCCAACCCGCACGCAGGGCGGCCAGGGAAGCCACCCAGCCCACGCCUCGCCCUGCUCCAUCCCUGCAGGCCUCGCCACCGCCUGCCCGCCCGGCCGUGGCCGCCGAAGCUCCCGUCGCCGUGCUCGACGCCCCGACCCUGCCGCCGGCCGAGCUCGCGCCGCCCACCACCGCAGACGCCUCCGCCGGAGCCGCCGACGCCCGAGUGCGCCCGAGCACACGAGCCACCACGCCGCCGCAAGCGCAGCCGCGCCGCCACGCCCUCGCCGAGCAUCGCGCCCCUUCGCGACAAGACCGCCCGCGCCGGCGACACCGCAAGGAGGGGAGAGGUGCCCCGCCGGCGCCCCCGAGCUUCGCCCGGCGGUGCCCUCCUGGCGGCGGCGAAGCGGGGGAGGGGGAGAAGAGCUCUGGUGGCGGCGGCGAUUUAG